CUCCCCUUGGUAAAAUGGCUGUCAAAUAAACCUUGUACAGAAGACAAGUUGAUACAUGUGCAGUCUUCCGGAAGCAGUUGGUUGUUGAAUACUUUGCAAAAUGAAGAAGAGAAAACAUGCAAUGAUGACAAAGACUCACACUGCAAGAAAGCGGAAACUGAAUGUUUCGCCACAGACCACACCCCAAGAGAUGACAUCUUUGCUCUUGUGCACAUUUAUAAAGAUGGUGGUCUUGAACAAUGAACUGGAGGUUUCACUAAAUGUACAGUCUGGUAGUAACAGUGAGGUCCUUAGGCAACUUCAAGAUGGCAUCACCAAGUCUGAAAAUGUGUCAACUGAAAUACAUUCUUCGGAAACUUCAUGUGCAUGUGUUGAAUGUGGAACCAGUAAUAUUGUAAAAUGUAAGGUGCUGGCUUUCAGAAUUAGAGUGGAUGAAGAAGUCUACAAAUGUUCUAAGUGUAAGGAUGUGACAGCAAAUCAAUCCCAGCCUUGUGAUGGUGAAUCUGAACACUGUACAAGUAACACCAGUACCGAAGACAAGAACAAUGAAGACAUUCCAAUCAUAGAAGAAGUGGAUCCACAGAGGAGUGUCAGACAAUUAAAAUCCAGUGUCCCUGCAGAGACUGAGGCAGCUGUCAGAGUUUCAGAAUCUGACAAUAUGAACAAAGAAGCCAACGCCAGUAGAAAGUUGCGGAGGCGGACACGGAAACAAGAUGCUCAGUUUGUUGGUGAUGUCAGUGAAGAAGAAAGUGACAUGAAGGAAGGCCAUGGGGAUGACAGUGACAAUGAUGCUUCAUUUCAUAUCAAGAAACAUGGCUUGGAUGAAGAAGAAACAAAGCAGCCUGGGAAAAGAAAAAGGAAACCAGAUGUGAAACUAAAUCAUAAAUCGCCUCACAUGUGCAAUAUAUGUGGAAAACAGUUGUUAAAUAUGAAAACUUUAAAAAGCCAUAUGACCACACAUUCGACAGGAGAUGGUCACACAUGCAAGAUCUGUAACCGGAAGUUUUCACACAUACGAUAUCUCAAGAAGCACGAGAAGACACACACUAAAGACAAGCCAUACUCCUGUGAGAUAUGUGGGCAGAGAUUCAAGCUGAAGGAGUCUGUACCCAAGCACAUGGUGCUGCAUGGAGGUGUGAAACCACACAAAUGUGAUUUGUGUCACAAGGAAUUCCACCUGCAAGAGCAGAUGAAAAAACAUCGACAAAUACACACAGAUGAACGCAAGUUUAUCUGUGAACUGUGUGGGAAACGUUUCAGGACACAGGGAAGCAUGAAAUCUCACAAAGACACUCAUGAGGGUCCCCAGAAGCACAGCUGCGACCAGUGCGGGAAGAGUUACCGCAGUGCAUGGUAUCUCAAGAUCCACAGGAAGACCCACACGGGGGAGAACCUGAUCCAGUGUCACACUUGUGGGGACUGGUUCAUUGAUCCCUGCUACUUCAAGCUGCAUCAGAAGAAGUUCUGUAAGGGCAAGCCACUAUCCUGUAGCCUAUGUGAGUUGGAGUUCCCUCACAACCAGGCCCUACAGAGUCACAUGGGACUCCACACAGGGGAGAGGCCCUUUGGCUGUAAGAUCUGUGGCAAAGCUUUUGCCAAGGCACCACUACUAGCAGAGCACACCAAGAGACACACACUGGAGAACUGCCACACUUGUCAGUAUUGUAAGAAAGGCUUCAUCAAUAAUAAGGAGUUGAAGAGACAUGAGAAAUGUCAUGUAAAUAAAAAGAAGAAAGCCAGUCUUCCAGAGAGACUUAAACCAGGGCGAAUAGAUCAUGAACCCCAGGUUGUGCAAGUCCUUGAUCAGGUGCAGCACCUGGACCAGGUAGCAGUGGAGGUGGAGACUACUGAUCAGUUGGCGGUCUGUCAGUUCCCCCCUAACACAGCCCACCUGCAGGUUGUGUCUACUCCCUCAGACAUAGCAGUACCUGGUCCUGGGGAGACCUGCAAUAGGUACAAUCACAACUCCAUUGUGGACCAUGGCAGUGCAUCUACCUACACCAUCACCUCAGUAACACCUGACAUUGACACCUCCGGUGCCAGUACUCAGGUCCUGGAUUCUCGUGGUGGCCAUAUUACAAUCCAUGACUCUAUACCCAUCAGCCAUGUGUACACAAGUCCCCCACCUGCAACUGUCCACUUCACAUCACCCCCGUCCUUCAGCAUGCCCCGCCCACCCCCACCAGCAGCCAGUAUCGUCUCUACACCAGAAGGCGAGCAGCUACAGCAACUGCAUCCCAUCGCCACAACAGCUGACGUCAACAUGGCCUACGAGAAUGAGGCUUCUGUGCAACAUCUUCUUCAGGCAGCUGCUAUCAUCAAGAACUAUCCCUCACACUACUGAUAGGGUGCAGUGUUGAGCAUGCAGUGUCAGGUUUAACAAGAACUAUCCCUCACACUACU